AGAUACUGCAAAAGCAUUAUCGCGAAGCUUGAAAGCAAUGUGAAGUUUCCAGCUUUAAAAAAAAAACAAAAACAAAAAAACCGAACAGAAGCAAACAUGUGGCGUCCGAAUGAAUCCGACCACGAACUUGGACUUCCGGAAUCGAGGGUGCAUCCGCGCUUGUUUUUCGUCAAAAUGCUCUUGUGGGUCGGUGCGACGGAAACGACAGCUGGGAUUCUGCUAACAUUACUCGGGGGUUAUCAUUUCCUCAAUUAUUUUGGCACUGGAGGCCAGGAUGCGAAAGAACAGAGUGCGGGGAUCAAGUUGUUGGUGGUUGGCGGAGUGACCCUGACGAUCGUCGGUCUGGCGUCGAUUCUCGUGGCUCGAAUCAUGUUCGUCGCUACCCAACGCCGGAUGCGUCAACGUCAAUUGCAACCGGGUUCUGGGAUUGGGGUUAAUGCGCUUGAUAUGGAUGGAGUUUCGUCUCGGAGCUCUGGAAUGUCGUCACGCCACGCGAUGCAAACAGCCCCUCCGCCUUCGUACGACGAAGUCGUUCCCAAUAAUGGAUCCUACAGAAAUCACCGACAGUACAGCAACCACGCGUUCAUGGGCGAUUCCCGCUGGGUGACGAACGCGUCAAAUACGGAGUUAUCUGGGUUGGCACUGACAUCUAGUCGAGCGUCUGUAGUUAAUGCGCUUGAUAUGGAUGGAGUUUCGUCUCGAAGCUCUGGAAUGUCGUCACGCCACGCGAUGCAAACAGCCCCUCCGCCUUCGUACGACGAAGUCGUUCCCAAUAAUGGAUCCUACAGAAAUCACCGACAGUUCAGCAACCACGCGUUCAUAGGCGAUUCCCGCUGGGUGACGAACGCGUCAAAUACGGAGUUAUCUGGGUUGGCACUGACAUCUAGCCGAGCGCCUGUAGUUAUGAUUUCCACUGCAACGCAGACAAGCGAAGAUCUCACCAUAUUCCCAGUCAUCCUUCCGAAGGAAUGUCCCGGAAAUUGCGUGGAACGACACUCGUGUCCAUUUUUGGCAGAUGCGCUGAUCGCCGAGGAGAUUUGCCAAGUGAGCCCCGAAGGAGACAUUUCCGUGUGCUGCAAUCGAGGAUCGGAACUUCAAGAAUUAUUAUUGGAGUCUGGCUCAUCGACCAGCAAGAGCCCGACACUGGAAUCCUUGAAGAGGAAUAAAUGCCCGUUGGAUCCACAGGCCGGUGAUUGCGGACUUGUAACUGCCGACAGGGUUUUUGGCGGAGUGAAUGCUACUUUGGGCCAGUUCCCAUGGAUGGCAGCUUUCCUAUACAAUGUGCCACAAAGUAAACAAUCAUUGCAUUUAUGUGCUGGGUCAUUGAUCACCAAGAAACACGUUGUUACGGCUGCACACUGCGUUACCAAACGCACUGCGUCUUCCUCUCCUUUAUCUGGCUUCAACUACGAUUUGAGUGAAAUAGUGCUCGGAGAGACGAAUUUGCUGUCCGAUCCGGAUUGUGUCACGAAUGCAAAGAUUCAGCAAUGUGCAAAACCUGUGCAGCGAUUCUCUCCGAGGAAAAUCACGAGGCAUCCGAAUUUCGAAGUGGCGAAAGGAUCUGUCAAGUUCGAUGUGGCUGUCGUCGAGCUGGACAAGGAAGCGGAAUUGGAUGGGGAGAGUGUGAUGCCAAUUUGCCUCCCUUGCCAAGGAAGUGGUUUCGAUUUGAAAUCUUCAUUGACGGAAGAAACUCCACUUGUUGUUGCGGGAUGGGGCUCGACUGCAAUGCCCCGUGGCACAAAAUUUUGCAAAAAUAUGCCGACUUUGCCGCACAAGGCGGAACCAGUUCGGUCCAACUGGCUGCAGUUCGCCAAGGUGCCCUUCGUGCCCAUGAGCUCUUGCGUAGAACGAUUCCGAUUCGGCGCCUUUUUGGACUCGAAACAGCACCUUUGCGCCGGCGGCGAAGGUGAUCAGGACUCGUGUCGCGGUGACAGCGGCGGUCCUCUGAUGUUCCUGUCACCAGACCAGGUUACAUACUUGGCUGGGAUCGUUUCCUACGGCACGCAACGAUGUGGAGCAAAUCAAAAUUUGAGCACGACAUUUCCGGUGUUUCCCUCCAGACACAUCCUGCUCCGUGGGGAAACGUUCCGUCCGAACCUUUUCCCAACGGACGCGCAUCUUCCGGUCCCUAUUUCCACCAGCUCGAACUCGGACUCCGACGUUGUCGGUGUCGAGCUUUCCAAAUCCAAAUCGACACCACCAGCAGCAGCAGCAGCAGUGACGUGCUUCGGUGCUGUGCCGCUGCUGAGUGCGAACGAUGCCGGGCGGCGGGGAACCAUCCGGGUUCCCCCGCAGCAGUCAGCAGCAGCAGCAGUGACGUGCUUCGGUGCUGUGCCGCUGCUGAGUGCGAACGUUGACGAUGAUGAUGGUUCCCCGGGUUUCAGGAUGCCGGGCGGCGGGGAACCAUCCGGGUUCCCCCGCAGCAGCUCGGGGUUAUUCUCGUGUGCGGCGGACCUUUUGAAGCUCAUGCGAAUGAGUUUGAACAGUGGGCGCCUUUCCGAAGGCGUCUUGCUGGCGUGGAGCACGUUCGUGUUUAUCCGGGGUCGCAUCGGGAAUUCGAUCAACAUUCGGGUCUCGUGGUCUUCGUCGGCGAGGUCGUCAACGGCUGACCUAUGA